AUGUCGCCCGCACCCUCCUCUCCAACCUCAUCAUCCGCGAAACUUGAAUCACUCCUCAAGCGUCCCCCACCGCUCGACCUGGCGCCAACAGACCUGAGCGAGGUCCUACAAGCUCUCGACGCCGACGUCAAGCCUCGGGCCCUCGCCCUCGCCACCCUCGCCCGCUUCCUCUCGCCAGCCCCCACCUCGACCACCCGCACCUCGCUUCAGCACGCCCUCCAGUCGCUCCUCGCCGGCACCGACUCUCGUGAUCUCGUUCAGGGCCUCUCGACCCUCAGCGCCGUCCUCCAGGUCGCUCCUCCACUCGCCGCCGACCUCCUCAAGGACGACUCCCUCCGGUCCCACCUCGAGGACGCCGUCGAGCUCAUCUCGCAGCCGCCGGCACGGUCCAGGGCACCAGCAGCAGCACGAGGCGAGCGCCUCGCCCUCGUCGAGCUGCUCUCGCUCGCUGCAGGGCAGCUGAGCAUGCGCGCCCUCGUGCGGCGGUCGGCGGGACCUUGGCUCGAGGGCCUCCUCGGCGCGCCGGGCGAGACGGUGAGUGGCGAGGACGCGCGCGAGAAGGCGCUCGCGGCGGUGGCGGUGGUCAAGCUGCGGCUGGGCAAGGACGAGGGCGCGGCGACGGGCUUGCCGCCGAGCGAGGCCGACGCCGAGGAGCCGCCGUCCAGGUGGACGCUUGAGGAGCUGGCACGGCUAGCAGCCGAGCUCGUGCCGCUCGGCGUGCGCGACAAAGAGCCGGACGACGAGGUCCUGCUCCCGGCGCUCGAGGCGCUCGCCUACCUCACCCUGUACCCGUCGCCGUCGAUCAAGGCGACCGCCACCAGCACCUCCCUCCUCACGCCUCUCCUCUCGCUCGCCCCGAAGCAGCCGACGGCACCGACCGCCGCCAGCAGCGCCCGCGACUAUGCCCUCGCGACCUUCCUCGACCACCUCACCGCCUUCCCGACGCCGGACGCCGAGGGCGAGGCGGCGCAGCUCGAGCGCCUCAAACGCUUUGCCGCCGCAGCCGCCGCGAAAGGCGCCGCCAAGCUCGAGCCCGAGUCGGUCGAGUCGGUCAGCAAGCGCGUCGCCCUCCUCGUCCGCCACGACCCGUCGCCCAUCCCGACCGUCCGGCAGCUCUGCCUCUCGCCCUCCCUCCAGACCCGCCGCCUUACCGCGCGCAUUCUCCACGCCCUCGCCACGCCUCAAGCCGUGCGCGGUACCCUCCUGCAGGCAGGAGCGGCUCGCCUCUUCCUUUCCCUCGUCCGCCAGCUCCCCACGCCCUUUUCGCCCGCCAACGACACGCCCGCCCCGCAAGGCCUCGCCAAGCUCCUCAUCACCUCCAACCCGCUCCUCGUCCUCGGCCCCACGCCCGACUCGCCCCUCCUCCUCGAAGCCGCCGCCGCACUCGCCCUCCCGCUCGGCGCACCCGCCGCCGCACCCGCAUCCGCAGCCGGCGGCGCCGACCUCCUCCCCCGCUUCGAGGCCCUCAUGGCGCUCACCAACCUCGCGUCGGUCGGGCCGACGCUCGCCGACAAGCUCGCGCGCCUCGCGCUGCGCGACCGCCCGACGGGCACGAGCCUCCUCGCCGUCGUCGCCGACGAGUACCUCCUCAGCGCGCACACGAUGGUGCGUCGAGCGGCGGCCGAGCUCGUGUGCAACGUCGUCGCGAGCGACAGCGGCAUCGCCUUCUUCGAGCCCGUCACGGCGUCGGCGUCGGCGGCGGCAGGCGACAACGCGGCACCGCCGGCGCCAUCGGCGGCAGCGACGGCGAGCACGUCCCGGCUGCACGUCCUCGUCGCACUCGCGAGCUCGCCCGACACGUCGACACGUCUCGCCGCCGCCGGCGCCCUCACGUCGCUCGUCUACUCGCCGACGAUCGUCGCCGCGCUCGUCGGGCGCCCCAAGUGGGUCGAGCUCCUCGUCGCGCCGCUCGAGGACGACGAGGCGGGCGUGCGGCAUCGCGUGUACGAGGUGUGGAGGGUCGUCGGCGAGGCGGUGCGGCAGAUGGAGGACGAGGCGAGGGAGCGAGCGAGGGAUGGGCUGAAGAGCGGCAAGGUCGCGCUCCGGCUGAGCGAGGCGAGGGCGAGGGAGCAGGUGCUCGAGCUGCGAGAGGUGGUCGAGGCGGCUGUAGCUGCUGUCGGCGAGACGUAAUGGCCGCACGCUCGAGAGAUCACUUGCGCCGUCGAGCGGCCUGAGCGCACUUCUUCCUCCUC